GCAGAUGUCGAAUAGUGCGACCGAGUCAAGGUUGACGGCAGCCAUUUUUGCAGACCAUGAGUAAACGUAUACUUGCGAUAACUGAUGGGUCGAGUUCGCGGUCACGUAGACGCAGUAGAUCGCCAGAAAAGUCUCCAGGUAGGAUUAGGUAAUCUCUUCUGGCUUAAUUUGUUUCAGAUUCAGCUCCGCGAAAACGUAAGAGCAGAUGGUCUGCAGUUGAAACAGAUCGGAUUUUUAUACCUGGUAUGCCUACUCAGCUGCCUCCAAAUCUUACACCGCAGCAGGAAAGAGUGUACAUCAUUCAGCUUCAAAUCGAAGAUAUGUCUAGACGCUUGAAAAGUGGAGAUUUGGGCAUCCCCAAAAAUCCGGAAGACAGAUCUCCUUCACCGGAACCCAUAUAUAGCAGCGACGGUAAGCGCUUAAACACAAGGGAAUAUAGGACCCGCAAAAAGCUGGAGGAUGAUCGUCACGCACUUGUACAACAACUUAUGGAAAUUAAUCCUGAAUAUAAGCCACCCUCUGACUACAAAGCCCCGCAGAAUAGAAUAACUGACAAAGUAUUUAUCCCGCAAGACAACCACCCGGAUAUCAACUUCGUCGGGCUCUUGAUUGGGCCGCGUGGGAAUACGCUUAAGGCACUUGAAAAAGAUACGGGCGCAAAAGUAAUAAUUCGCGGAAAGGGCUCCGUUAAAGAAGGCAAGGUUGGAAGGAGGGACGGACUUCCUUUACCUGGUGAAGACGAGCCUCUACACGCUUUCAUCUCAGCACCUUCGGCCGAGUGUGUAGACAAAGCAGUUAAAAAAAUUAAUGAGAUAAUAAGACAAGGAAUUGAGAUACCAGAAAGCCAAAACGAUCUUCGGAGAGCCCAGUUGCGCGAGCUUGCUUUACUUAAUGGGACAUUGCGGGAGCACGAAGGUUUGAUGAAACUACGUGCAAUGGCCGAAGCCCAGUCAAUUGCUACCAAUAAAAUCCAAUGUGGUAUAUGUGGGGGUGCUGGACAUCUGUCAACCGACUGUAAAGCACUGUUGGGUGGUCAGGCAUAUCUUGAUCAGCUUAAUGCCAACCCCAGUGAAAGAGCCAAAAUGGAUAGCGAAUAUACUGCAUUAAUGGCGGAGCUCGGUGUAGGUGGUUCGCAAGGUUUGCCUCCCGGUCUUAGAGGCUUUAAUCCCUUACAAUCACAACCUGCCCGCCCGACUCGUCAGCCCCCGCCUCCUGGUGUUGCAGCUUAUGAUGACGACGACGAUGGAGAUGCAGGAACAAAUUGUACUGCUGCUACAACAACUUCGACCGUUUCAACCACAGUUUCUUCCCCCAACCAGUAUGCAUUUGCUUUGCCACCACCACCCCCUCCUCCCUCUCAAUAUGCACCUAUGGUGACACCUGUUACUCCGUGGGCGACUCCUGCAGUCGUACCACCUAUGCCUGGAUAUCCGUCAACUGCCGCGUAUCCUACUUCCGGAGUCCCCGCAGUUGCAGGAGGUUAUCCCGACGUGCCAGUUGCAACAAAUGGUGGUUCUUCAUUAAACCAUUGGCAUCCCUCCGUCCCUGGAUCAGCUUCUUGGGGUGAUAGCUCAUCACAAGUGCCAGCUGGUGUACCUGUUCCCGGUACGGCAAUGGUUCCUCCUUACUAUUUGCCCACACCUACCGAUUACUGGGGAGGUUAUGCGGGAGGUUACGCAGCUUCUGUACCUAAUCCGCCCCCUCCUCCACCACCACCUGGAGUCUAGAUCCAUUAACCGUCACUAUUCACUUUCAACCGUAAAACCGAAACAACUCCCUGUACAAAUUCAAGGCAUAAAGGAUUUUAUAGCGUCACUGAUUUAUGUUUAUAGAAAUCAAGCUUGUUUAUCAUUGUUCUAGCAGUUUCUGUGCAAACAUAUUGAUUCUAUGAAAAGUGUUUAUUUUCUCAUUUGUAUAUCUGUUUGAUAAGAUUUCCUGUUUCUGACUGGACAAUACAGUGAAAUGAUAAUGAAAGUUGGUUAGUGUGAUGAGUCAUCGUUGUUUCACGUCGUUCGCUUGGAUAGACUGUAUUAAAGGGACACAUUUCAUUCUCUGCAUUUGUUGAGGCACUUAAUUUGAGCUAACUCGUUUUUAGCGGUAUUAUGUUGUGCUUAAAGACUGCUUUUGUUAAUCAUUUUAGUGAUUUAAUAUUACAUCAGCCGUCUAGUGUAAUGCUUCGUUACUAGUAAAGAGAACUAUUCACUUUAUUGUAUACUGAGCUGUCGAACAUUAAACUUUUGUUUAUGUACCCGUAGGUUGAUUUCAUUCACAAAUUUCUUCAAAAUGUGUCCACAUAGUACACAUUGAUUCAUGAUAAUUCACAUGCUAGGUUAUAAAAUUUAGAAGAAAAUAACCACUUUUUCUAUUUUAAACGUUCUGCAUGUUUUAUUGCAUAUGUGUAUUCUCAUAACAUCAAAGGAACUAUAUAGAAAUAAUUGAAUAAAAGAAAUGUGAACUGCAUUUGUAUUGGUUCUGUUACUUUUUCAAGUAUGCAAAAAUAAUACUGAUAGUUUGGCGAAAUCAUCUUGUAGUCGCGAUAAAUUAACCUGAAAUUAAUCAGCAAAAAAAAUAAAUUAAUGUUCAUCCCCACAUAAUGACGCGAAGUGAGCUACACACUACUUAUUUCUGAAAUGCACUUAGUUCUCCAGGAGUCUUGAGUUAUUCGAGCUAUAUUUUUUGUAUUUGGUUACGAUUCUAAAUUUACGGUAAUUGUUCAGUGGAUCUGUGUCCUUGUUGCGUGUUUUCUAUUUUUUUGAACAAUCAUACUGCCACUGGCUUUCACACCUAUUAGGACUGGAUGUUGUUUCUUUUGUGUAUACUUCUGCUCUGAUUUGUGGCAUUAGUUUCCAGGUUCAUUUGUCAUUAAAUCUUAUUUCUCCUAAGUUGACGAUGAAGCAGUAAACAUUGUAAAGUAAUAGUUUGAUAUGUUUUUCCGCGCAAGUGGUUUAAUUAUUAGCUUUAUUCAAACCUCGGACUUCAUCAUCAAAACAUAAACGUCAUUAGUUUUUAUUUUUACUGUCAUUUAAAUUAUCGUUACCAUCAGUAUUUCCAUAGAUUUCAACUUAACCAAGCAAUCUAUUAAGUAAUAAAAGGUAUGUGUCGUUUAGGAGUGACUCAUGUCUUAUUUCUAUCUGCAUAUGAAUUAUGAGUAUUUCGUGGAACAGGUAAAGAAAUAUAUACUGUUAUUAGUGAUAAAAGGUUUCUUGUAUUGCUUCCUGAACUUAGUGUAUGUUAUCUGUAAAUUAGGACGUUCUGCGCCCCAAAUGCCUUUGCAUGGCCCUGAGUGGGGAGUCCGCUCUCCUCUAAAUGCUCUUACACGGCCACGCGUAUACAGCCUCUGCCAGGGAAGUACUACUCACUGCCUUCUCGUGGCGGGGGUGUUGUUUACGAAA